CGCUACCUAAACUCAAAUAGCAAAUUGUUCGUAUAUAAGCUUUCCUCAAAUCUGGAAAUCCCCUCUUAAACCCUAAAUCCCAAAAUCUCUGAACUCAAAAUGCUUCACCAAAGUUAAAGCUUUUGGGGUAGAUUCAAUUCACCCAUCAAACCUUAGCUUCCCCUGUCAAUUUUAUUUUCCUUAGAGAAAUAAGAAAAAAAUGACAAUCCAUUCGGUUGUAAUCCAAAAACUCUUAACAACAAAUGCUCACAUCGGCCGACAAGUUUCAACCCACCACUUCAAACAGUUCACCUACGGCUUCCGAAAUAGACAAUCCAUUAUCGAUUCCGACAAGACCCUAAUCUGUCUCCGCAAUGCUCUCAACUUCCUUUCCUGCCUCUCUCGUGAUCCUUCUUCCUCUUUCCUCUUCAUCAACACUAACCCUCUGUUCCAACCCAUAAUCGACGAGAUGACCUCCAGAGUCACCAGCUUAAGCCCUGAAAGGGCUAGUAGCCUUUGGAAGAUGCGUGGCUUUUUGACCAACAGUUGUAGUCCUAAGAAGUUUCGGUCUAGGCACAAGAAAUUGGUUUUCGCGCCAACUAAAAUGCCGGAUUGUGUUGUGAUUUUCGACACUGAGAGGAAAAGUUCCGUCUUUUUGGAAGCGGAAAGGUUGGGGAUCCCGAUUGUUGCCUUGGUUGAUUCCAGUAUCCCGUGGGAGUAUUAUAAGAAGGUUACUUAUCCAAUACCGGCCAAUGAUUCUGUUCAGUUCGUUUACUUGAUAUGUAACAUGAUAACUAAAUGUCUUAUGUUGGAGAAGAAAAAAGACGGAGCAAAGGGGACUGGGAAGAAGGCUACAAUCAAGGACCAAGUAGAGAGCACAAGUGAGAGCAAAGGCAGUGCAAGUGAUGAAGUGCUUGUUGUUCCUUAUGAUAACUUAGCACCUAUGUCUUGUGCAGAUAUUGCUGACUCUAAGCAGCUUUUGGAUAAGCUUGUUGUGGUGAAGUAUAAUGGAGCUUUGGGAAAGAAUAUGGGUUUCGGUGGUCCCAAGUCUUUGAUUGAAGUUAAAAAUGGGUCAACACCUCUUGACUUAAUUGUUAACCAAAUUCAGUCACUAAAUUCGAAGUACGGAUGCAAUAUUCCUCUGCUUUUGAUGAACCCAAAGAACACACACAAUGAUAUCGUAAAGGCUUUGGAGAAGUAUUCCACCUUAGACGUCGAUAUACAUCCUUUUGAACAGGGUGAACGUACUCAACAUGAAUCUUUUGUCAGCGAGGGAGGUGAGGAUAAAUGGCAAUCUUCUAAACAUGGCACUCAUUUCCUUUCCCUAAUGAAUAGUGGAACUCUUGAUGUAUUACUUGCUCAGGGUAAGGAGUAUGCCCUUGUGGUUAACCCAGAUAAUGUGGCCGGUGUUGUGGACCCAAAAAUCUUGAAUCAUUUGGCCCAAAACAGUAUUGAAUAUUGUUCGGAGGUGACGCCAACCACCUCCACUGGUUUAAUCAACUUUAUGGCUAGUUCGCUCCAAGGGAUGUUUAAGCUUGAAGACUUCACUUCAGAUCACUCUGAAAAGUCGGUGAAAGGAUUCAAAUUCAUUGAUACAAGAAGCUUGUGGCUAAAUUUGAAAGCCAUUAAAAGGCUUGUAGAUACCAGUGCACUGAAUUUGGAUAACCUUUCUACUUUAAAGUUAUUUGAAAAUUCAAUUGGCAUUUCCAUUCCCCAAUCUCGUUUUCUUCCUUUGAAUUCCACAUCAGACUUAUUCCUUCUCCAGUCGGACCUUUACUCAUUUACUGAAGGCAUGUUUGUUCGAAAUGAUGCGAGGGUCAGUCCUAGUGACCCUUCCAUUGCUUUAGGACCUGAAUUUGAAAAGAUUAGCGAUUUCAAGCGCCGCUUUGAAACAAUUCCUAGCAUUGUCAAGCUGGAUAGCUUGGAGGUGAAUGGUGAUGUUUGGUUUGGAGCUGAUAUAGUUCUCAAGGGGAAAGUUGUAAUCGAUGCAAGCCCUGGACUGACAUUGCGGAUUCCUGACGGAGUUGUGCUCGAAGAUGAGGAGAUCAAUGAUCCCACAGAUAUUUAAGGGAGGGAAUCAGUUGUAGCAUUUUUGGUGAAUGCGUUGAACAUGGAGCACAACACACAAAAAAAAAGCCUUUGUAAUGCUUUAAUAUUUUGUUAUUCAAAUUUUGUAUUGAUCAAUGUUAUUUGUUAUUGGAAGAGGAAAUAAUAGUUAGAGCUUUGAGCUGAGUGAUUGAUUCCUCAUUAUAAGCAGCUUAAUGUAGAAUGAUGGCUCUAACUUCAGAACAUGAGAAUUGAGACUUGGCCUUUUUGUUGCUCCGGUUAGCGGGUGCCCAUUAUUUAUUUAUCAUUUUAAACAAUGGUUCUUUUA